ACAUUUGAGGACAUGGCAGUGUACUUCUCCAGGGAAAAGUGGGAGUGUCUUGGCCCUGGGCAGAGGGCCCUGUGUCGGGAUGUGAUGCUGGACAACUUCAGAAGCUUGGUUGCUUUGGGAUUUUGUGGCCCCAGACCAGAUCUUCUCUCUCACCGGGAACAGUGGGAUGAGCCGUGGGUUGACGACUGGAAGAGAUCUGAGUUUCAGGAAGCAUGGUGAUGUUCCCACCCAGGGUCAAGGAAGCCUGUUGACCACAAGAGAGUCUGUGAUCAGCCAGCCUGGGCUCACGAGAAAACCCACCUGUGGGGAAGACUCCAGAAAGGGGCUGGCUUGGGGAAGAGCUUCCUCCCAGGGGUGGGUAACGUGCAGCUUCCCAGGACUUCUCCAGGGAUGAAACCCGACAAUCCUGUGACUCUCCAUGGCCCCACCUGUGGGAAGGGCUGCAGGCCGUGGCCAGGCCUUGGGGAGCCACACAGGAGUCUCAUGGAGGAAUCUGCAUUCAUCUGUGGUACAUGCGGGAAGGUGCUGAGCUGCCACAGUCAGCUGGCCACUCACCAGACAAUACACACCGACCAGGUCUUUGAGUGCUUCCAGUGUGGUCAGACCUUCCGGUGGUGCUCCAACCUCCUGCACCACCAGAGGAACCACACAAGUGAGAAGUCGUUCAGCUGCGAGCUGUGUGGACAGACCUUUAGCUUGAAGGACCAUCUGGUGCAGCAUCACAAAGUACAUGCAGAGCACCGGUCCUACGUGUGUGGUAACUGUGGGAAGGCCUCCAAGCAGAAGUCCAACCUCCUCCAGCACCAGCUGGUGCACAUUGAGGAGAGGCCUUUCUUCUGCACCGACUGUGGAAAGGCCUUCCAGACUAAGGAGAACCUUAGCCACCACCAGUGCAUUCACAGUGGGGAGAAGCCCUAUGCCUGUGCUAAGUAUGGGAAGUCCUUCCAGUGGCCCAAGGUCUUCAGCAUCCUCCAGAAGCAGCACCUGACCAAGAGGUCCUGGUGUGAGUGCUGUGGGAAGGGCUUCUGCCACCUGGACUUCUUCACGUGGCAUCCGAGGACUCACAGGCAGGCCAGGUUUAGAGGCCCUGGCCUGGAUGCUUCACCUUUGCUGGGAAAGACCUGUACUCUCUUUCAGUCACUCUUGAGCCUGGAAGGAAGCCUUCUUGGUUCUCCAAACAAGUGUUUGGAGCUCCACAGAGCCCCCAAGAAGUACCACCAGGAAAUGCCAUCAGAAGAAGGGGCUCCAGAGUACACCACGGAGCACCCCCAUAUCCAGACCCUGGAGAGCUCACAAGCCAGCGGGGAGCCCAGCAGUAAACAGUUAAACCAGCAAAUCAAUUUUCUAAUUACAGGUGGCUGUGUUAUCAAUUACAGAGGUGACAAAUGGCCCCUGGACCGGGAGGAGCUGUCAAGAGUGUGCGGCACCUCUGCCUCUGCGGGGACAGGCACACUGAGCUCCCAGGUCAAGAGAACAUGGGACUUAUCCUUAAGUGAACUUCAGCUGGGCUCCUCUGAGUCCUCUUCUCAACACACCCCUCCCUCAGAUGACUGCCUAUGGCCUGUCAAGCCAGGUGGCUGCCAAGCCAGUUUAGCAAGAUCUGCCCCCGAUGCUGGAGACCUGAGCGGAUUCAUGGUGCAAAGGAAAGCCCAAGGAGCCACAUGUCACCAGGAAGAAUGGGACGACCCCGCGGGAGGGGCCUGUGGUAGCAGUGAGGACACCUGCGUAAGGUGGGAGGUGAUGUCCAGGCUCCCGCCAGGGUGUUCAUGGAAAAUGCUAGCCAUGUCAGCCCCCGUGGUUACCGGGAGCACCCCAGGUGGAUCAGGAGGCAUCCCUGCUUUUCAGUUGGUGGAGGGCGGCACUUGGAGAAUUUUGCCAGUGUCAACAGGCACCAGAAUGCAGAGGGACCCAAGGAAUGAGGGCCAGUUCGUUGUCUCUGCCUUUCUGGGCUCCGCGACUUUGUGCCGAGCACGGCUGGGUCCAGAGCUCCACCUGACCGUUUUCAAGAUCAGCCAGGUCACCUUCAGAGUCUCAGUCCUCUUUCUCCAAAAACUAGAUGACACUACACAUGUCACAGGUGUGGAACAGAAAUGA